CUUGAUAUCAGGCCACGGCACGCUGUCGGCCUGUUGAAGCACAUUUCUCCAAGGCAACUGAGAUCCAUACUGCUGACCUCUUCCACAAUGACUGCUGAGGAAAUCCAAGCUUCGGUGCUUCACGCCGCCAAAGACCUCCGCGUGGAAAAACGAGAAGUCCCAGCGCCCGAAGCAGACGAAGUACAAAUCCGCAUCGCGUCCACGGGUCUCUGCGGCAGCGAUCUGCACUACUACUCCCACUUCCGCAACGGCGAUAUCCUCGUUCGCGAACCUCUUAGUCUCGGCCAUGAAUCGUCCGGAGUCAUUUCUGCUGUUGGCUCCGCGGUGACGAAUUUCCAGCCAGGCGAUAGAGUAGCACUUGAAGUCGGACUGCCGUGCGAGAAAUGUCAAAGAUGUCAAGAAGGUCGCUAUAACAUUUGUCCAAACGUGCGGUUCAGGAGCAGUGGAAAGGCAUUCCCCCAUUUCCAAGGGACGUUGCAGGAAAAGAUCAAUCAUCCUGCGAAGUGGGUAUAUCGCCUACCUGACGAGCUGAGCCUGGAUGUUGGAGCUUUGCUAGAGCCUCUUGGAGUGGCAUUGCAUGCUUUCAGGAGGAGUCUCAUGCCCGCCAAUGCAACCGUCAUUGUUUAUGGAGCAGGAGCGGUGGGUCUGCUGUGUGCAGCUGUGGCAAAAUUGAAAGGAGCAGCGAAGGUGAUCAUUGCCGAUAUUGAUGCCGGGCGACUGGAAUUUGCGGUACAGAAUGGAUUCGCACACGCCAGUUAUACCGUGCCCAUGCGGCGAGGCAAAGAUAUCGAUGAGAACCUCCAAAUUGCAAAAGAGACUGCCGCCGAGAUAACAAAACUAGAAGAUGUUGGCGAGGUGGAUGUCGUGUUUGAGUGUACAGGCGUGCCGUCCUGCGUGCAAGCGGGAAUUUAUUCAACCAAGCCCGGAGGUCGAAUUAUGCUGGUGGGAAUGGGACAUCCUAUCCAGACAUUACCUUUGGGAGCUGCGGCGUUGCGUGAAGUGGACAUUGUUGGUGUAUUCAGAUAUGCCAACACAUAUCAAGAGAGCAUCGAUAUUGUGCUCCAGGCGUCCAAAUCCGCAACAGGCCCAGACUUUUCGAAGCUAAUCACUCAUCGGUUUGCGGGGCUUGAGGAGGCCGUCAAGGCUUUCGAAAUGGCAGGUAAGACGAAGGAUGCGGAUGGCAAGCUGGUGUUGAAGGUCAUUAUUGAUAGUAGCCGGAAUGAGUCGUGAAGCGGG